AAGCAUAACAUUGGAACAUUCGCCUAAAAGAGGGUGGGGGAAGCGAUGGUUAGAGUCUCCGGCAUAUAAGUCUUUUUUUAGCCUUUAUUAUGCGACUUAUGGCCUUCCCUCGUGUCCAGUAAUUACAAGCAGAAUUUAGACUUUGGUGCGGACUUAUUUCCGAGUUAACAUGACGGAAUACAAGCUCGUGGUGGUUGGAGCUGGAGGCGUUGGGAAGAGUGCACUUACUAUUCAACUUAUUCAAAAUCACUUUGUCGAUGAAUAUGACCCAACCAUAGAAGAUUCAUACCGUAAACAGGUCGUCAUUGAUGGGGAGACGUGUCUACUGGAUAUUCUUGACACAGCUGGGCAAGAAGAAUACAGUGCAAUGCGAGACCAGUAUAUGCGAACUGGGGAAGGGUUCCUGCUUGUUUUUGCUGUCAACAAUGCAAAGUCUUUUGAGGAUAUAAGUGCAUAUCGGGAACAGAUAAAACGAGUAAAGGACGCAGAUGUGGUACCUAUGGUUUUGGUGGGCAACAAAUGCGACUUGCAGGUGCGUGCAAUGGACAUGCAGCAGGCACGAGAAGUGGCCAAGAAUUAUGACAUUCCUUUCAUUGAGACCUCUGCCAAGACCCGCAUGGGUGUCGACGAUGCCUUCUACACUUUAGUAAGAGAGAUCAGGAAAGAUAGGGAACGUCGUGGGAAGGUUAGGAUCGGAAGUAGGAACAGCAAGAGGAAGUGCAUUGUGUUCUAGGAGGACUGUGUGUUGUGUAGACUAAAUAAGCCUAAUGGCAUUAAACCUAUUUGUUUCCGUAACUGUCAUGAAAGUUAACUUCAUGCCAGUGCCAUUUGACAACUAAAUUCUGCCACGAAAGUUGGGAGGAGGAGCUACAGUUCUCGGAAUGCGUCACCUGUAUGGAUAACUUCGCACCAACUUCCUGGCUACCGCGAAUACAAAAAUUUCUCUCUCGACUUUGUGUGAAUCAGUGGUUAUGUCAUUCUCAUUUCAGUUUUGUGUAAUUAUUAUGCAGAACCUCAAUUGCACAUAACAUCAAUAGAAAAAAAUGACUGAAUGUUUAAAAGGUUUAAAGAGUAACCCCACCCCCAAAAUUGGCUAUCUUUGUCAGUCCAGAGUUAAACCUUGUGCAUGAUAUGAGAAAUGUUUUACA